GAAAUAGCGAUACUGUCGAAAUGAACUGUGAUUUUCAUACAGAUUUAGUUUUCGACUUCCUACAUACACUUUACGUUAAGGCGCCUUGACUAAGCCCCUAACAAUGACAAACUAAGACUGGUACACUACUGUAACUGUAUCAUUAAUAAAAACUAUGUUUUAUUUUGUUGUAACAUAAAUAUUACAUAAUUACUUAAGUUUCUUUGUGUAGUCGAUGAAUCUAUAUUAUUAAAAAAUUAAGUACACACAUAAAAUAUAUUAUUGUUAAUAAGUUUUAAUAAUGUUUUAGUAUUAUAUAUAUCUUUUUGGUUAAAUAAUGUGCGGACUUCUCAGAUUUCCCAAUCACAUCUAGUGUCAUUACUUUGUUUUAUUAUCAAUAUCAAUUAUCAGUUCGAUUAUCAACUCCAUUAGCAGAGGCAGCUAAGACAUGGAAGUCUUUCUAGUUUUAAGUUUGUGACUGCGUUAGCGUUUUGCAGUGUUAACGUACUUUACAUUAUUACUUACGUUAAAGUAUCACUUUCUAUUAGCAUGGUUCGAAUAAAAAUUUGCAACCUACCUCGCCAAAUAAUGUUUAAAUGUCUACCAUUACUGUGUCUUAUUAUUCAAUUUUGCACUUGUAACGAAUACAAACUCCGGUAUGCAGCGGUUAUAUAUCGACAUGGUGAUAGGACUCCAGUCGAUACAUAUCCAACAGAUCCUUGGGGAGAGGAAUCAUUCUGGCCAGUAAAAUUUGGAGAGCUGACUAACAUUGGCAAAAUGCAACACUACAAAUUAGGACAAUGGCUUAGACAAAGAUAUGUGAAUUUCAUUACUGAUGAAUUCGAUCCGGAAGCUGUCUAUGUUAGGUCAACUGAUGUUGAUCGUACUCUUAUGUCAGCUCAGGCUAACUUAGCUGGUAUGUACCCACCAGAUGAGAAUUCUACUUGGAAUCCCAAAUUAUUCUGGCAACCUAUACCUGUACAUACAGUGCCAGAGGUAAAUGAUGAAGUUUUAGCAAUGAAAAAAGAGUGUAAAGUUUAUGAAAAGCUGAAAAAAGAUUAUUUGAAUUCAGAAGUUUAUAAAAAUCGUUUAAGGCAGUAUGAAGACCUUAUGGACUACCUCACAAAAUAUACUGGUAGAAAAAUCAGAGACUAUGAGGAUAUUUCAUCAAUUUACAGUACCUUGAAAAUUGAAGCUCUUUAUAACUUUACAUUGCCAAAUUGGACUCAUGCCGUGUUCCCUGAUAAAAUGAAGAGUCCUGCUUGUUACAGCUUUACUACCGCCACAGCAACUUCAGCAAUGAUACGCUUUAUGAUUGGUCCAUUGGUGAAACAUAUUUUAAAGCAAGCAUUAAGUGUUAUCUUAGGUGACAGCAAAUUACGAUUAUCAAUGUAUAGUGGACAUGAUUUUACUAUUGGUAAUGUUUUAAAUGGAUUUGGUGUUUACGAUGGAAAUUGCCCUGGAUAUACAUCAACAAUACUUUUUGAAUUCAUCGAAAAAGAAUCUGAAUAUUAUAUUCAACUUUCAUAUAGAAAUAGUACUGAGAUUGUAGAACCUCGUGUUUUAAACAUUCCUAACUGUGGAGAAUUGUGCCCACUGCAACACUUUAUCCAAUUGUAUGAAGACAUUAUUACUGUUGAUUGGGAAACAGAAUGUGAAGAAAAGUAUGGGUGGCUAAUGUUCUUUUGUGGAAUUAUAAGUUUGUCUUUCCUAUAUACAAUUGUGGAGGCAGUAAAGUUUUAUAGGAAGAAAGAUCAAUACUCAGAGGAAUACUUAAAAUCUAAACUUCUCCUUAACCGCUUUUAAAAUGGUGGAAAGCUGAUUACUCGUAGUUACAAUUCAAUUGACCAUUUAUUUUUCACAAUAUCUAAUUUUUGCAUUUAUUUUAUAAAUAGUGCUAUUUGUGUUUAAACCAUGAAAAUACAUUAAUGUUUUGGGCUAAUAUGGAUAUUGUUUAUGAAAUGUUGCCAAAUGAAAUUGUUAGAUAAAGGACUAAUAUAGAGUUAUGGUUGAAAAGUUUAUACAAGUUUUUUCUUAAGAAGUCAUUAUUUUUAUACUGAAUAAUAAAUAAGACUUAU